GUGAAAAAGAUAUUGGAUAUUGGAUAUCGAUGAUUUAGGCGCGAAAAAGUACACGCGCUAUAAAAACAGACGAAGUUUCAAGUCUGCGAUGUGUUGAUGAGCCUAUUACGCUUAUAUUAUGUACGUCUACUUCUCGCUCUCUGAGCUCAGAUCAUGUGUUUAUUAUGUACGUCUACUAAGAAGAAACAUCUAUGAAAUCUCGUUCACUAAGACCUCAAUACUAUUCGAAGAAUAAAGCUACGUGGAAACAUCGUAACAAAAGUAAUGAGCCACUAGUUGAUCAAACCAUGGCUUUAUUCAUCGCUUGCGCAAUUAUAAUUCUAGCGCUAAGACUGGAACGUAAUACAAGUCGCCCUAUAAACAAUUUCACUGACGAUUCUUCAGAUGUCCUUAUCGUACGAAAUUCUUGUCCAUCAACAGAAGAAAAGCAUUUAUCACUAAAUAUCACUAUUUCGCCCACGACAUCAUAUCUCUCGUGUAUUUACAAUUUCUUGACGCCCAUGCAUGUAUUACAGAGUACUGAUGGUAUCAUCAAUGCAGGUGCAUUAACUGGUCUUCAACCUUUUUAUGAACAACUUCCAUAUGGCAAUCACACAAAUCAUUCAAUAAUAGAUUACACGAACCUAAACUUCUUACCUGAUCUUUCCAUAUGGAAUGACAGAUCCAUCCUCAUUUUCGCAACACAUCGUCUCAAAUUCUCGUCAACCUACACCUGUCCUGAGGUAUAUGUAUGUGCUAUUCCUAAUAAUCGACACAAUAACACAAACUGCCACAUUGAACUAGGUGAAGUUAGUGGGAGUUGCGAAGAUGAAGUAAACGAUCCCUAUUUCUUCCUGUUUCCACUUGCUACUGGUCUGCGAAUUGUAGUUGAUGGUGUUGCUACAUAUUCCGACGAUCAUGAUAACAGCAUGCACAUAAUUGUCACUUCUGGCUAUCGUCUUCAGCCGGGUGUUUUUACUUGUCCAUCCGGAUUUUUCGCUUGUGAAUCAUUUGAUAAAAUAAAUGGACGCCACAACUCUCCAUUGGAAUGGCCUUAUCGCAUUUGUUUACCUUUAGCCUUAUGGUGUGAUCGCGUAUUGAAUUGUCCAAUAACUGGUUCAGAUGAACAGAACUGUUCAUCUACACCCCCUGUAAGCUUUCCACACAAUAAGACCCAGAUUGAAAAUGAAUAUCGAAUGCUAAAUGAUGUGUUGAAUCAAUUUAAAAAUAAUGCAAGUUUAUUAGAACUUGCUGGAUAUCGUAAAAUUCCGGAACAAUCACCCGUCAUGGUGUUUGCAUAUGUCAAUUCAUAUUGGUUAAUCAUUAUGUUAUCUAUAAUGGUUUUGUUAUUUGUUAUAACCAUUUUAUUAUGUGCAUAUAAAUUGUUGAAACGCAAACAUGAAACAACUACAGUGAAAGUGAUAGAAGAUCAUUCUAAAAAUUCUAAUCAUUUUAGUGAUCAUGAUGAUGAAACAUUGGAAACUAAUAUUAUGAACACGAAUCAUUAUUAUUCAAAGAAUGAUUACGCCGCCAAAGAUCAUUUCUAUGAAGAUCAAACUUGUCCUAAUGAUUUUCGCGAUAACAAUAAUGAUAAUAAUAAUAAUAACAGUAGUAAUAAUAAUGAUAUACAUUAUGUAAAUGGUUAUUUAAGCUCAAUAUCUAACCAAGAGAUAACUCCACUGAUCAAUGUGCCAACGAAACAACAAUAUUAAUUAUAUUGUAUAGAAUUGGAAAUACGCUUGACGAUGAUAUAUCAAUCAGUAGUGUUUCGUUUGUGAUGUUACAGAUUAUUUCAUUAUUUUAUUAACUGCAUGGUAGAGUUCCUUUGUUUGUUGUGUUUGAUUUCUUUUUUUUCAUCCUUUACAUUCAUUCUCUUUGUUUAAUGUAUUUUGUGUUUUGAGAUCGUGUGUACACAAAAUGUUAAUGCCUAAUACCCGGUAAAAUUUGAAAAAAGUAGUUUUUAUCAACAUAUGGUGUUUUGGUUUUUACUUCAUCAUCAGAGUUAAAUUGUCUAUUUUAACAUAUCUAUUUUCAUUCUGGUUUUCUUUAUUCAUUGAAAAAGAAAUCCAAACUAUGAGGUGGUUUUAUGCUUUCAUCUUUUUUCGUCAUCGAUAAAUUGUAAACUUUUUUUCAGCUUUAAUAUUCAUUCAGUUGUUUGGUCUCAAAAAAAACAAAACAAAAACAAACAUGUUAGAACCACUCUAAUAUCUGUCUUCAUUACAAAUUAUUGAUGACAAGUUUUAAUGUGUAUCGCAAGAAUCACAUGUUUUUUAACAUUUGUUCUCGUUCAUCCAUUUUGUUAUUAUUCAUUAUGAUGUUGUAACCCAGUCAUCGCUAUAUGCACAUUCACAGUGUCACUAUUUUGCAUUUUGUUUUAUUCUAAAUACAUUUUCUGAUUGUUGAUAAAAGAAGCAUUUGAUUUUUUUUGUAAUUCCUGGAUACAAUAAUGCUCUAUUAUUUAGUGUUGAAUUUUAUUUAUAAACCUAAUAGUGAUGUUAAUCUAUUUACUAUUAAUUAAUAGUGAAUUAUGG